UUUUGAAAAUACAAAAUAGCCACCUUGCUUGUACCGUUGGCGGUCGGAAGAGUGUGAGAGAGAGCCUUUCUUUCCUCGUUUUGUCACGUCAAGGAGACGUGAAGUUUACGGAGGCAGUGGUUCUCCCGGCGCAGAUAGGCUACAACAAUCGUAACUCGAUCUCCCCCUGUUUUGUGUCGUCUGUGGUUGGUAGGGUCCUCAGUAGUUACACAUGUGUGGUUGUCACUGCUGGACCGUGUCAUGCUCGAAUCCUCUGCUUCUUUCACUGCGCUGUCCUCUACUGUUGAGUGAUCAGACAGUCUUCACUGUUGUUCUAGGGCAGUGAAUACCUGUCAACACCCCGUCGGCGACAUUGGUAUGUUUUAUAUUUCCAUUGAAGCUACGGGACUAUCCUAUCGUUUUGAAAUAGCUGGAGUGAGAGUUGUGUUUGCCAGAACCUUUGUUUUGCCACCGACUAUUCCAUUCAGAGAACAGCGACGCAUUCCCUAGAAGUUGGAGCAUCGUUUGGUGAAGUUUUGACACACCGGUACUGAACAACAAUGGGAUUCUAAUCGGACAAAUCCACACCAGGUAGCCGAGCCUAAGCGGAGCGGGUUGGGCAGACCCUCCCUCCUCCACCUCCUCCCCCCAUCCUCCUCCUCCUCCAGCGUCCCGGUCCGUGCCGUGUUUGUGUCUAUCCGCCGGGGUCGGCGAAGCAUGCUGGCAGUAUGGACGUGAAGGAACGCAGGCCCUACUGCUCGCUGACCAAGAGCAGGCGCGACAAGGAGCGGCGCUACACGGGCUCGUCCGGCGACAGCGAGGAGUGCGGCAGCGGCGGCGGCGGCGGCCCGGGACCGAGGGUACCCACCCAGAAGUCCUACAGCUCCAGCGAGACGCUCAAGGCCUUCGACCACCAGGACUCCUCCAGACUAUUGUACAGCAGCAGAGUGAAGGAGAUGGUGCACCGUGAACAGGACGAGUACACCCGACAAGGGCAGAACUUCAACCUGAGACAACUGGGGAUCUGCGAGCCGUCCACACGCCGCGGCCUGGCCUUCUGCGCCGAGAUGGGCCUCCCCCACCGCGGCUACUCGGUCGGCGCCGGCUCCGACGUGGACACCGAGAACGAGGGCGUGAUGUCACCGGAGCGCGCCAUGCGGCUGUGGGGCCGCGGGGUGAAGUCGGGCGGCCGGAACUCGUGCUUGUCCAGCCGGUCUAACUCGGCCCUGACCCUCACCGACACAGAGCACGAAAACAAGUCGGACAGCGAUAAUGGUUCUCCCAUGCCAUCCUCUCCACCCAGCCCAUCAGUUACUGACCAUUCACACUCGCAACCACCAUCACCCAAUCUCCAUGACAACCAGAGCUCGUUGCUAAGUAGCGCCAGCGCCCAUCCGGCGGUCCAUGAGUCGGACGAAGACGAGGAAGAGUACACAGCCACGCUGUACUUACCUGUAACGCAGGUCACAGCUCACAGCCACCACGGCCUCGCCUGUAAUGAGCAGCCGUCCAAUCACCAUCAGCAGGGCCAGUCCACGCUGCCGCCAGCCCCGCCCCCCCACAAGCAGCAGCCGUCGGUCACCGCGCUCAACCACAACUCCCUGAGCAGCCGCAACCGUAACCCCAGCCCGGCCCCACCGGCCGCCCUCCCCGCCGAGCUGCAAACCACACCCGAGUCCGUGCCGCUGCAGGACAGCUGGGUCCUGGGCAGCAAUGUGCCACUGGAGAGCAGAAAAUUAGCAAAGCAAGCCGUUCUGGAAAACGGGCAUGACAACCUGAUAGAGAUGGAUGUGUUUCCUCCCGCGUGUCACGAAGGCGCCUAUGGGGAUGGGCACUUCCUCUUCAAGACAGGCACCGGCACGACCCCUCUGUUCAGCACGGCUACUCCAGGCUACACCAUGGCAACGGGCUCUGUCUACUCACCGCCCACGCGGCCCCUACCCAGAAACACCCUCUCCCGCUCCGCCUUCAAGUUUAAGAAGUCCUCCAAGUACUGCUCCUGGAGAUGCACUGCUCUCAGCGCCGUGGGACUGUCCGUCCUGCUGUCUGUCCUGCUCUGCUAUUGCAUAGCCAUGCAUCUGUUUGGUCUGAACUGGCAGAUGCAGGAGACAGAGGGCUACGGCUUUGAGAACGGUCAGGGGAGGUCAGACACCACACCCAACACCAUCACCGCACUGUCUGCUGAUAACGGUAAACUAGGGGUGUUCCUCCAGGAGAACAACACCAUAGACACGGGGGAGGUGGACGUUGGGCGCAGGGCCGUUCAGGAAGUCCCACCAGGGAUCUUCUGGCGCUCCCAGCUCUACAUUGACCAGCCCCAGUUCCUCAAAUUCAACAUCUCAGUCCAGAGGGAUGCGUUGGUGGGGGUCUACGGCAGGAAGGGCCUGCCCCCCUCGCAUACACAGUAUGACUUUGUGGAGCUGCUGGAUGGUAGUCGCCUGAUCACCAAGGAGAAGCGCGGGCUGGUGGAGGUGGAGGGCGUGUCAAGGCGGGCGCGCUCGGUGAGUGUGCACGAAGCGGGCUUCAUCCAGUACCUGGACUCUGGCAUCUGGCACCUGGCCUUCUACAACGACGGGAAGAACUCAGAACUGGUCUCCUACAACACCAUCGUCAUAGAGUCCGUUAUGGAGUGUCCCCACAAUUGCCAUGGCAACGGUGACUGUCUGUCUGGAACGUGUCAUUGCUUCCCAGGGUUCCUUGGGCCGGAUUGCUCAAGAGCUUCGUGCCCCGUGCUGUGCAGUGGUAACGGCCAGUACUCCAGGGGUCGCUGCCUGUGCUUCAGUGGCUGGAAGGGGACAGAGUGUGACGUGCCCAGCAACCAGUGUAUAGACAUCCACUGUGGGGGACACGGCAUCUGUAUCAUGGGCAUCUGUGCCUGCAACACCGGAUACAAGGGAGACAACUGUGAAGAAGUGGACUGCCUGGACCCUGGCUGUUCGGCCCAUGGUGUGUGUAUCCACGGGGAGUGCCACUGCAGCCCGGGCUGGGGGGGCACCAACUGUGAGAUCCUCAAGACCAUGUGCCCCGACCAGUGCUCCGGCCACGGCACCUACCAAAGCGAAAGCGGCACCUGCACCUGCGACACCAACUGGACCGGCCCCGACUGCUCCGUCGAGGUGUGUGCGGUGGACUGCGGCUCCCAUGGCGUGUGUUUCGGGGGCAGCUGUCGUUGCGAGGAGGGCUGGACGGGUACGGUCUGUGACCAGAAGGCCUGCCACCCCAUGUGCACUAAGAACGGAGUCUGCAAGGAGGGCAAGUGUGAGUGCAACCAGGGCUGGACCGGCGAGCACUGCAACAUCGCUCACAAUCCGGAUAUUAGAGUCAAAGGAUUUAAAGAGGGCUGCCCAGGCCUGUGUAACAACAACGGCCGCUGUACCCUGGACCAGAACGGAUGGCACUGCGUCUGCCAGUCCGGGUGGCGUGGGGCGGGAUGCGAUGUCGCCAUGGAGACCCUCUGCGCCGACGGCAAGGAUAACGAAGGAGACGGCCUGGUUGACUGUAUGGACCCGGACUGUUGCCUCCAGACAUCCUGUCAGACCCAGCCGUACUGCCGCGGCUCCCCGGACCCCUCUGACAUCAUCAGUCAGAGCCCGUCCAGCCUGAUGCCCCAGCAUGCCGCACGCUCCUUCUACCAACGCAUCCGCUUCCUGGUUGGACCAGAGGGCAGCCACGUCAUCACCGGGGACAACCCCUUCAACAAGAGCCUGGUGUCCAUCAUCAGAGGCCAAGUCCUGACGGCAGACGGGACCCCCCUCAUAGGAGUCAAUGUUACCUUCGUCCACUACCCCGACCACGGAUACACCGUCACGCGCAAGGACGGCAUGUUUGACCUGUUGACCAACGGUGGGGCCAGUCUGACCCUGAGUUUCGAGCGGGCUCCGUUCCUGAUACAGUACCGCACCGUGUGGAUCCCCUGGAACGUCUUCUAUGUCAUGGACACCCUGGUCAUGAAGAAGGAGGAGAAUGACAUCCCCAGCUGUGACCUGAGUGGUUUCAUCAGGCCCAGUCCUGUCAUCGUGGCCUCUCCCCUCUCUACCUGCUUCAGGUCCUCACCAGAGGAUGGGCCCAUCAUACCUGAGACACAGGUCCUCCAGGAGGAGACGUCCAUCCCGGGCAGCGACCUCAACCUGCUGUACCUGGGCAGCAGGGCGGCCGGCUACAAGCCUGUCCUCAAGGUCACCAUGACCCAGGCCAGUGUGCCCUUCAACCUCAUGAAGGUGCACCUGAUGGUGGCGGUGGUGGGGCGUCUGUUCCAGAAGUGGUUCCCUGCCCAGCCCAACCUCUCCUACACCUUCAUCUGGGACAAGACAGACGCUUACAACCAGAAGGUCUACGGCUUGUCUGAGGCAGUCGUGUCGGUGGGUUUUGAGUACGAGUCGUGUCUGGACCUGAUCCUGUGGGAGAAGAGGACCGCCACACUGCAGGGCUAUGAGCUGGACGCGUCCAACAUGGGAGGCUGGACGCUGGACAAACACCAUAUACUGGAUAUCCAGAACGGCAUCCUGUACAAGGGCAAUGGUGAGAACGUGUUCAUCUCCCAGCAGCCCCCAGUGAUCAGCAGCAUCAUGGGUAACGGCCGGCGCCGCAGCAUCUCGUGCCCCAGCUGUAACGGCCAGGCGGAGGGCAACAAGCUGCUGGCCCCCGUGGCGCUGGCCUGUGGCGCCGACGGGAGCCUCUUCGUCGGGGACUUCAACUACAUCCGACGCAUCUUCCCCUCUGGGAACGUCACCAGUGUGAUGGAGCUGCGAAAUAAAGAUUUCAGACAUAGCAACAACCCGGCCCACCGGUACUACCUGGCGACGGACCCGGUAACGGGGCAGCUGUACGUGUCAGACACCAACUCGCGCCGUAUCUACCGUCCCAAGGUCCUGACGGGCACCAAGGAGCUGAUCCAGAACGGAGAGGUGGUGGCGGGUACUGGGGAGCAAUGUCCCCCCUUCGACGAGGCACGCUGCGGGGACGGGGGCAAGGCCACAGAGGCCCUCCUCAUGGGGCCCAAAGGUAUUACGGUAGAUAAGAACGGGUACAUCUACUUCGUAGACGGGACCAUGAUCAGGAAGGUGGAUCGUAACGGGAUCAUCUCCACCCUGUUGGGCUCCAACGACCUCACCUCAGCACGACCCCUGACCUGUGACACCAGCAUGCACAUCAGACAGGUUCGUCUGGAGUGGCCCACAGCCCUGGCCAUCAACCCCAUGGAUAAUUCCAUCUAUGUCCUGGACAACAAUGUGGUGCUGCAGAUCACUGAGAACAGACAGGUGCGCAUCGUGGCGGGACGUCCCAUGCACUGCCAGGUGCCAGGUAUAGAAUACACGCUGGGCAAGCGGGCAGUGCAGACCAUGCUGGAGGGAGCUGCUGCCAUCGCCCUCUCCUACAGUGGCGUGCUCUACAUCGCCGAGACGGAUGAGAAGAAGAUACACCGCAUCCGCCAGGUGUCCACGGACGGCGAGAUCACACCCUUGGCCGGAGCUCUGUCCGACUGCGACUGCAAGAACGACGCCAACUGCGACUGCUACCAGACGGGCGACGGCUACGCCAAAGACGCCCGCCUCAACUCGCCCUCCUCGCUUGUCGUCUCGCCCGACGGUACGCUCUACGUGGCCGACCUGGGCAACAUCCGCAUCCGCGCCGUCCGCCGCAACCAACCGCCGUCGGGCUCCGCCGUUUCCGGCCCGGGCUCCUUCGAGGUGGCCUCGCCGUCGUCCCAGGAGCUCUACGUGUUUGAUUCCAACGGAACCCACCAGUUCACCAUGUCUCUCGUCACCGGUGACUACAAGUACAACUUCAGCUAUAGCAACGAGGAGGACGUUACAGCGGUGACGGAUAGUAGUGGCAACACCUUGAGGAUCCGCCGCGACCCCAACCGGAUGCCGGUGCGGAUCGUUGCCCCGGACAACCAGGUGAUCUGGCUGACAAUCGGGACCAAUGGCGGGUUGAAGACACUGACGGCCCAGGGACAAGAGCUGGUGCUGUUCACCUACCACGGCAACAGUGGGCUGCUCGCCACCAAGACCAUACAGAUAGGAUGGACCACCUUCUAUGAUUAUGACAGUGAGGGUCGUCUAACCAACGUGACGUUCCCUACGGGGGUGGUGACCAACCUGCACGGGGACAUGACCGGGGCCAUCACGGUGGACAUUGAGACGUCCGGCCGCGACGAGGACGUCAGCAUCACCACUAACCUCUCCUCCAUCGACUCCUUCUACACACUGGUCCAGGACCAACUAAGGAACAGCUACCAGGUGGGCUACGACCACUCUCUGAGGGUGAUCUAUGCCAACGGGAUGGACACACACUACCAGACGGAGCCCCACAUCCUGGCGGGCGCUGCCAACCCCACGGUGGCACGGAGGAACAUGACGCUGCCCGGGGAGAACGGGCAGAACCUGGUGGAGUGGCGCUUCCGCAAAGAGCAGACCCGGGGGAAAGUCAUCGUGUUCGGAAGGAAGCUCAGGGUGAAUGGCAGAAACCUUCUCUCGGUGGAUUACGACCGAACUCUCCGGACAGAAAAGAUCUACGACGAUCACAGGAAGUUCCUGCUGAAGAUCGUAUAUGACACCCAGGGCCACCCUACUCUGUGGGUCCCCAGCAGUAAGCUGCUGUCAGUCAACCUUACCUACUCCAGCACGGGGCAGGUGACCAGCCUACAGAGGGGUCCCACCACAGAGAGGGUGGAGUACGAUGGUCAAGGGAGGAUUGUGUCCCGAGUGUUCGCCGAUGGAAAGACCUGGAGUUAUACAUACCUGGAUAAGUCCAUGGUGCUCCUGCUCCACAGCCAGCGUCAGUACAUCUUUGACUACGACCUGUCGGACCGCCUGUCUGCUGUCACCAUGCCUUCGGUGGCCCGUCACACCAUGCAGACCAUCCGCUCCCUGGGCUACUAUCGCAACAUUUACAACCCCCCGGAGAGCAACGCCUCGGUCACCGUCGACUACAGCGAAGACGGACAGCUCCUCAGAGUGGCCCACCUUGGGACAGGUCGUAGAAUUCUCUACAAGUACCGAAGACAGAACAAAAUGGCGGAGAUCUUGUAUGAUUCUACGAGGGUUAGCUUCACCUACGAUGAGACAGCCGGUGUGCUGAAGACGGUGAACCUCCAGAGUGAAGGGUUCAUCUGUUCCAUCCGGUACCGGCAGAUUGGACCGUUGGUGGACCGGCAGAUUUUCCGGUUCAGUGAGGACGGCAUGGUGAACGCACGCUUUGAUUAUACCUACGACAACAGCUUCCGGGUCACCAGCAUGCAGGCUGUCAUCAACGAGACUCCGCUGCCCAUCGACCUCUACCAGUUUGACGACAUCUCCGGGAAGGUGGAACAAUUCGGAAAGUUCGGUGUGAUCUACUACGACAUCAACCAGAUCAUCUCCACGGCCGUCAUGACCUACACCAAGCACUUCGACGUCCACGGACGGAUCAAGGAGAUCCAGUAUGAGAUCUUCAGAUCCCUCAUGUACUGGAUCACCAUCCAGUAUGACAACAUGGGCCGGGUGACCAAACGCGAGAUCAAGAUCGGACCGUUCGCCAACACGACCAAGUAUGGUUACGAGUACGACGUGGACGGUCAGCUCCAGACGGUCUACCUCAACGAGAAGAUGAUGUGGCGCUACAACUACGACCUGAACGGCAACCUCCACCUGCUCAACCCGGGUAACAGCGCCCGGCUCACCCCGCUGCGCUACGACCUCCGAGACCGCAUCACGCGGCUCGGGGACGUCCAGUACCGGUUGGACGAUGACGGGUUCCUGAGACAGAGAGGAGCUGAGAUCUUUGAGUACAACUCCAAGGGCCUUCUAGAACGCGUCUACAGCAAAGGCAACAGUUGGACCAUCCAGUACCGCUACGAUGGGUUGGGCCGCCGUGUGGCCUCCAGAACCAGCCUGGGCCAGCACCUGCAGUUCUUCUAUGCAGACCUGAACUACCCGACCAGGAUCACUCACGUCUACAACCACAGCAGCUCAGAGAUCACAUCUCUCUACUACGACCUGCAGGGACACCUCUUCGCCAUGGAGAUCAGUAGCGGAGAGGAGUUCUAUAUUGCCUGUGACAACACCGGAACCCCUCUAGCAGUGUUCAGUAGUAAUGGGCUUCUUUUGAAGCAGGUGCAGUACACGGCCUACGGCGAGGUCUACUUUGACUCCAACCCCGACUUUGUCCUGGUGAUCGGCUUCCACGGGGGUCUCUACGACCCCCUGACGCGCCUGCUGCAUUUCGGCGACCGGGACUAUGACAUCCCGGCGGGGCGCUGGACCACCCCAGACAUCGGGACGUGGACGAGAGUUGGGAAAGACCCGGCACCGUUCAACCUGUACAUGUUCCGGAACAACAACCCUGUCAGCAAAGUUCACAAGGUCAAGGAGUACGUCACAGAUGUCAAUAUCUGGCUGGUGACGUUUGGGUUCCACCUUCACAACGCAAUCCCCGGGUUCCCCAUCCCCAAGUUCGACCUCACACAGCCGUCCCUGGAGAUGAAGAAGAGCCAGCUCUGGGACGACCUGCCGUCCAUCUCGGGGGUGCAACAGGAAGUGACCCGGCAAGCCAAGGCUUUCCUGUCCUUCGAGAGGAUGCCGGAGAUCCAGCUGAGCCGCCGACGCUCCAACCGGGAGAAACCCUGGCUGUGGUUCGCCACCGCCAAGUCGCUGAUCGGUAAGGGUGUUAUGUUGGCGGUAACGCAGGGCCGUGUGGUCACCAACGCUCUGAAUAUCGCCAACGAGGACUGCAUCAAGGUCGCCGCCGUCCUCAACAAUGCGUUCUACCUGGAGGACCUACACUUCACUGUGGAGGGACGCGACACGCACUACUUCAUCAAGACCAGCCUUCCGGAGAGCGACCUGGGAGCGCUGAGGCUGACAAGCGGGAGGAAGUCGCUGGAGAACGGAGUCAACGUGACUGUGUCCCAGUCCACCACCGUGGUGAACGGCAGAACUCGGCGCUUCGCCGACGUGGAGCUGCAGUACGGCGCUCUGGCGCUCCACGUGCGCUACGGCAUGACUCUGGACGAGGAGAAGGCGCGUGUGCUGGAGCAGGCCAGGCAGAAGGCGUUGGCGAGCGCCUGGUCCAGGGAGCAACAACGGGUGAGGGAGGGGGAGGAGGGGGUGAGGCUGUGGACGGAGGGGGAGAAGAGGCAGCUGCUGAGCGGAGGGAAGGUGCUGGGCUACGACGGGUACUACGUCCUCUCCAUAGAGCAGUACCCCGAGCUAGCAGACUCCGCUAACAACAUCCAGUUCCUCAGGCAGAGCGAAAUAGGGAAGAGGUAACAGACAGAAUCCUCGGCACUGGCCGCCAAAGAGACCACCCCCUCCAAAUCCUCCACCCAAACCUCCCUUGCCUCCCCUCUUUUCUCUAAAAAAGGGGAGGGUCCAGGCUAGUGCUGUGUUUAGCGCCGACUAGCUGAAACAAACAGUAAAAUGUAGAAAUAUCUCAAACUGAACUAAACCUAAUACUACCACUGUGGGGCCUGAAAAUCAAACAAAACGGCUCCAACUGACGCAGAUGUUUGUCCCGUGCUAUACAGCGUUGAAUGGACUGUGGACUCUCUUGAAAAGAGAGAAAAAAAGUCAAAACUCUCAGUUUGUGAAAGGAAAGAAAAGUUUGGGUUUUUUAAAUAGACUUACAGAAUUUGCUUUCGGAAAAAAUAUUUUAAAAAGAAAGAAGAAAUGUGUUUACAUACGCAUACCACUACAACACGUCUGGACUAAUAGAAAAAAAAGCCUUCUGGUUUCUUACAAAGGACAACGUCUAUAAUCUGAUUCUACAUCCUGACGACUGACCUUUGACCUUUGCGUACUGAAAAGGGUAGUGUUGUUGUUCGCAGUAGGACCAUGGGUCUCCAAUGGUGGUAACACGACAGUUAAAACCACUUGUUGAAACCACUUGCUUGUUCUGCUUUUCUUUCUAAAAGGGACAAAACAGCUCCCACCAAGUGACUUCUUUACCAAUACUAGAUCAAAGUGGGACGUUUUGGGAAUCGGGAGGUUGUCUGUCUGUCUGUCUGUCUGUCUGUCUGUCUGUCUGUCUGUCUGUCUGUCUGUCUGUCUGUCUGUCUGUCUGUCUGUCUGUCUGUCUGUGCGUGCGUGUGUGCGUGCGUGUGUGUGUGUGUGUGUGUAUACAAUGGAGACAAUGUGUGUGUAUGUAUGAAGUUAAUCAAUUAAAUGAAAUGAAAGAAUCAUAUCCAACCAAUCUUUUGAAAAACAAUGUGAGACAUUAUCUUUAUGGAUUUUUUUAUUAAGAUGAAAAAUUCCACACUUAUCCGUACAUCAAUAUUAGCCUCUUAGAGAAAGUAAUUUAUGUACAGUGUUUAUACAUAAAAAAUAAAAUUGUAAAAAAUAUUACGAUUUUUUUUUUCCUUCGUCAUGCAUUACUGUUUAUACUCUUCAUUAAGUUUUCAAUAUUUUAUCCUAUUAUAAUUCAUGGUAAUGCUUAUUGAAAUAACAUUUUAAAAAAUCAACCCUACUGUAUUAUUGAUUUCUGCAUUGAGAAUAUUCGGGUUUGGGUUUUACAGUUUCUUGCCUUCAUUGAUCAGAUUCCCUGAUAUCUGAGACGAACCACGUUUUGUUUUGGCACUUAUAUUUUUUAUUAGAAAAGUGUCCGUUGAAUGGUCGAUGUCAGUCAGACAACCAUUUAUCUUAGGAAAUACUACAUUACUACUAUCAAGAGCAGGAGAAUAGUUUGGCUGUGCGGUAUGGUAGUAUAUCCUACCUUGUGGAAAUAGCCUUUGAACCUUAAGUCCUUUUAAGUAGGACACAAGGAAGCUAGAGGGUUUGAAAACAAAACACCUUGGUUGUCGUACGUAAAUAUAAUUUCUGCCUUUCCUAUAACAAAACCAGGCUGUUUCUUAGAUCUCUGCUCAGCUCAAGCGUGAAGGCUUCUCAUAAUCACUAUUAAGGAGGGAAAAUUCCAAAAACGUUCCCAAAAUUCCCAGGUUUUCCAGAAAUUCCAAUUGGAAGAUUCGUCCAAUCGAGAUUUAUGAAAAACCUGGUAAUUUUGGGAUCGUUUCCAGACUUUUCCAGUCCUAACCACCAUAGCUCUUUGCUCUUUCUCUACCUACGUUAGGAAGAGCUGAACUCAUGUUCCUUGUACCAGCACAGAGAGCACAGAUAGGGCUGCAGCAGUGAGAACUGAACAGAACCAAAUACGAGCCUCUUGACUUGAACAGAUACAACACCACCAUAAUCCAAGGGACCAUUUAACAUCAUGCUCGUAAAUGUAUUCCUCCGACUUUACUUUUUAUCCUAAACAUGGCUUGAAAGCCAGAUCUUACAAACACAAUCACAUCAAACGGUUCAUUAGAUAGAGCAAAGGGGCAGAGUUUAGCUCGAGUUCCGGAGGGGAAAAGAGAGAGAGAAUAAACCUGGGGAAAGCCUAGAAACGGCACUAUGUGCACUCUGGCUAAUUUUUCCGACAUAACCUAAAUGGCUAGUGAGUGUAGUGUAAAGGAGUUGCCAGGGCGAUGAAGAUGACAUCAGCACUAUGAACUAACUCUCCCUACUCCCUACUCAUCUCUCUUCCCGGGGCUGGAUAACACACAUAUUCACCCACAGAAAGAGAAAGAAAUGUUUUUUAACACCAAACUAUGACCAUUUCAAAGAUUUUUGUUGUUGUGAUGAUCUGAACCACACUUGAGGAAACUUUGCCAGUCACACGAACUCUACAUCCCCAGGAGCCAUACCCAAACGCAGAUUAGCGUUUUUCAUCAUGAAUGUUGUUCUGGAGGCAGCUCUGCAGAGUGGUCACUAGCUGGCACAGCCAUAAAGUCAUAACAUUAACACUAACCUUAACCAUACUACUAACCCUAAUGCCUAAUCCUAUCCUUGAAUUAAGACCAAAAAGCUAAUUUUAGUUUUCAUGGAUUUUUCCAAUUAUAGCCAACUUUGACUUUCCAGCUGGCCUAAGGGUAAAUCGCUCAGUUCUGCCUCUAGGACAAGACUCAUGAAAAUAAGCGUCAACCUGCUACCCAAACAGAAGAUUACAACACCCGUUCUCAAAUGUUUCUCGUGUUUCCCUGUUGCUUUUUCAGUCAAUGUGACCGCCCCAUACAGUGGUUCAAAUCUGUUUCUUUUGUAAACAGAUUGUAAAAAAAGACUUGACGAAUGAGAAAGUAUUGUUUUUUGCAUUAUGAUUUUUUUCAAUAUAUAUAUAUAUAUAUAUAUAUAUAUAUAUAUAUAUAUAUAUAUAUAUAUAUAUAUAUAUAUAUAUAUCAAUCAUUGAAUUGUAUUGCCUAGCUUAUUUUUCUAUUCAUGUGUGUGACAAGGUUGACAGAAGGUGGAAGGAUUUAUACUCCCAGGUUGUUUGCGUGUUGGUUUUACUAAUUUGUUGUCAGAUUUUCUCUGGUGUUAUUGGUUGGUCUUGGUCUGUACCAUGUGCCAUUUAUUCUGCAGGGGGAAUCUUAGUUGAUCCUACCCCUGCUGUAUCACAUUGCUACUAUGAUGCCCCCCUCUCCCCCAUCGUCAGCCGAAAGUGCAGUAGCCCAGCCACAUACAGUGGCUUAAGACUCAACAUACUAAGUUUUCCUUUUGACUUGGCUGAUCUCUCAAAAUAACACUUCCCACAAAUUAGACAAACACACACUUUUAGUGCUGUUCUGUUUUACUAAGUAGAAUGUUGCAGUCUAACAAUGUGUUAGACUCCUAUUCGAGCGGGGACACAAGUGCUAGAAGGAGGGGAGCAUAUGGUGUUUCGGGGUUGAAAAAGGGGUCAUCCCACAAACAUGCAGGAAGCAGUGUGUUCUGGGUAUUGUUUGCAUGCUUACAAAGUAAAACGGCCAUCCAUCCGUCAGUCAUUGUUUCUCAUCCAUGUUAAAACAGACAUUUACAUGUCUACAUGAUUAAAUGCUUCUGUAUUAUAUUGCACUACAAUGUAACAGCGUUAUUGCUUAAUGCUUAGUCCAUACAAUAACCUUAAAGUGCUGGUCGAUGCCAGGUCAUAGACCUUAAUGUCUGUCCUCUGGGUAGAAGCUUCCCCUUAGGCACAGAUCUAGGAUCAGCCUCCAACUCCAAUCCUACUUAACCAUUAGGGGGUAAAACACAAAACUGGCCUUAGAUCAGUGUCUCUAAAGGCAUCAUACCUACCUUCCACUUUGUCUGAAGACGGUGAUUAGGUAGAGGAAUUUCCUUUCUCAAAGAACUUCCUGACUUUAGAAGGAGAGGCUCAUGGGAUUGGGACCACUGCUGACCGUAACGCUGAGUUGUGCGCCAGCGUCGUUAUAAAUAUUAUAUUACCGCCAUUUUGUUUUUAUAAGUGAUAAAGAAGGAGAAUGAUGACUAUAGUGAUGUCACCACUAGCACCACCACAGCCACCUCUCACCCUAUCACAAAAAAACACACGUCUGUUUAGCGAUGUCACACAGUUUACAGAUCUGAAGGGACAGCAAACACUGCAAAGUUGAGACAACGUUGUGUGGUGGUUGUGUGUUAGCUGGGAAUUUGAGCAAAGAAAAUAUGUAUUUUUAUUUUUGUUAAGACCCUGUUGUCCAGAGUCACAGGUUAGCUGAUGUUUUGGGUUUGGCGAUUGAGGGAAUUUGAUAAAGAUUUUUCUAUGUAUUUUGUCAUUUAUUUUCUUUCUCUGAAAAUGAAACAGACGGGCGAAAAGUAAUCUUAAUUGUAACGUGUCAGUCAGUCCUCUCUUUGUAAAGAAGGUACAACAUAUCUUUUUAAUUUAUUUAGAGAUUUGUUCAUUUUUUUCAAUCUACAUCCUCCGUGAAAGUUUCAUCAUAAUGAUAUUGUUUUUAUAUAAACAAACAUUGCUGUUUUAGAGUGCAAUUAAAGUGCAAUUUUAAUGUAAGCUCCAAAAGGUCAUUUCCCGGGAUGCAAUCCCUUUUAUGUCCCAGAUGUUAAAGAUCCAACAGAGAUCAAUCAUGAUAACAAUAAACAUGUCAUACUGUAAAGGUUUCUGAA